AAUUAGUCACGGCGUUCAGCACUAUUUGAAAUUUUUAUAAUCUGUGUUCGUAAAUUUCGCUUUGUAAUGGCCACAGCAAUCGUGUUUGAUAUAAUAAAUUGAAUUAUACUUAAUAAACAGUGAAAACUCACAAGAUAUAUUGAGAUGGGUCAAAAUCAAUCGGGCGGUGGUAGUGGAGGAGACAAAAAAGAUGAUAAAGAUAAAAAGAAGAAAUACGAGCCCCCUAUUCCGACGAGAGUUGGUAAAAAGAAGAGGAAAGCGAAGGGCCCUGACGCGGCAUUAAAAUUGCCUCAAGUUACUCCGCACACAAGAUGCCGAUUGAAGUUGUUGAAACUUGAAAGAAUAAAGGAUUAUCUUCUAAUGGAAGAAGAGUUUAUACGUAAUCAAGAAAGACUUAAACCACAGGAGGAAAAAAUUGAAGAAGAGCGAUCCAAGGUUGAUGAUCUCAGAGGAACCCCUAUGUCAGUGGGUAACUUGGAGGAGAUCAUAGAUGACAACCAUGCUAUAGUGUCAACAUCAGUUGGCAGUGAGCAUUACGUCAGCAUAUUGUCAUUUGUGGAUAAGGAUCAACUCGAGCCUGGCUGCUCCGUCCUUCUUAACCAUAAAGUGCAUGCUGUGGUGGGUGUGUUAGGUGAUGAUACGGACCCAAUGGUGUCUGUCAUGAAGCUGGAGAAAGCUCCCCAGGAGACUUAUGCUGACAUCGGAGGUCUGGACACCCAAAUUCAAGAAAUAAAAGAAUCUGUUGAGUUACCUCUAACCCACCCCGAGUAUUAUGAAGAGAUGGGAAUCAAGCCUCCAAAGGGAGUAAUCCUUUAUGGCCCUCCUGGUACAGGCAAAACAUUGUUGGCUAAAGCCGUUGCCAAUCAAACCUCAGCAACUUUCCUCCGCGUCGUUGGAUCUGAACUUAUUCAAAAAUACUUGGGUGAUGGUCCAAAAUUGGUGCGUGAAUUGUUCAGAGUGGCUGAGGAGCAUGCACCCUCCAUAGUAUUUAUUGAUGAAAUUGAUGCUGUGGGUACCAAACGUUAUGAUUCCAAUUCUGGUGGUGAAAGAGAAAUCCAGAGAACCAUGUUAGAGCUUUUAAAUCAACUGGAUGGUUUCGACUCCAGAGGCGAUGUUAAAGUUAUCAUGGCGACAAAUCGUAUAGAAACUCUGGAUCCGGCUCUCAUCCGCCCAGGGCGUAUAGACAGAAAAAUUGAGUUCCCUCUACCAGAUGAGAAAACAAAGAGGAGAAUUUUCACCAUUCACACCUCACGGAUGACACUGGCUGAUGAUGUGAAUUUGUCUGAGCUUAUAAUGUCGAAGGAUGAUCUGUCGGGUGCUGAUAUUAAGGCUAUAUGUACCGAAGCUGGUCUUAUGGCGCUUAGAGAGCGGCGUAUGAAAGUUACUAACGAAGAUUUCAAGAAGUCUAAAGAGAGUGUUUUAUAUCGCAAGAAAGAAGGCACGCCUGAAGGUCUUUAUCUGUAAUUACUUCAUAGAUUUUUUUUCGAGGUGUGUCGACCUCAAAAAACUUCAAAUAAAAUAUGUACUGUAAAAAA